UGCAGCCAAUUUCCAAUAUCCAUAGCGCAUAUAGUGACUCUGUCUUCACUCUACACUCGACGUCCUCGCCCCAACCUCGACUGCCCUUGCGAAUACUUCAUGCGAAUACUGCGAAUUUUCCGUUUACUCAUACAUUUUCAUUACAAUGCGUGUAUUUGUUAAGUUUCUUGUGGAUACUUAUGGUGAUCUCACGAUUCCAAUGGACAUUGAUUCAACAGACAAAGUGCAAAGGAUCAUGGAGAAAAUUAAAGAGGAAGAAGGUAUUCCAAUUUAUCAUCAAAGAAUUAUAUUUCGUGGAAAACGACUAUUCUGUGAAGAUACAUUACAAUACUACAAUAUUCAAGAAGGAGAUAUGAUGUUUUUGGUCCUUCUACUAGGACCCCCUCCUGGUAAGAAGUGCAUUGUAGGUAUGGCGCACAAUUUUGCCAAAGAUCUUGCAAAACUUGACGCAGAAAAUUUUGAAGAAACCCAAAUGAAGGAGAUUGCAAAAAGAGCACAAUCAUUUGCACGAGAUAUUGAAGCAUUCUAUAGGUUCAAAUAA